UAUAUAUAGAACCGCCGCUUGUUAUAGUGCUAUACCGCGAACCGUUUUUUAAGGUUAUCUUGUUUAUGUUCUUUAAUGUGCGUGGUAUUAGCGUGAGGAUUCAGUAAGGAUAAAUUAAUUUAUCCAAACAAAGUAAGAUGCAGGAAAACUCGGAAAGAGUCUGUCUACCAAUGGAGAAAAUGGAACUUGAUCGAACUAACAAUGUUCCAGACGACAAAGCUACUGUGACUAGUAAUGCUAGUUUAAAUAAUUCAUCGAAAGACACAUUUAAGAAACCUGUAUUACUUAUUGGGCCACGUAAAGGUCAUCCUACAAAAGUGAGAACACUUACACAAGAAGAUGCUGUGACUGAUAAAGACAAACAUCCUGAAGAACAAUCAGUUAACAUAAAAAGUGAAGUUUUGCCUGUGAUACAUAAACCAAAUAAGCCUGAUAUAAUAGUAGAAUCUCCAAAAGAGAAGACAACCGUACCUUAUGUUGAGCCAACAUGGAGUGGCCCACCAGAAAAUGGUUACGAACUAGAGGUCUUAAAAUCAGGUCUUAUUUUAGAAGUAAUCGAUUUAACAGAUAAAAAUUAUCAUGUUGUUGGACGUUUACCCAAUUGUGAUAUGUCUAUGGCUCAUCCGACAAUAUCUCGAUACCAUGCUGUUUUUCAAUACAGAGCCAAUGGGGAUGAAAAAAAUGGAAAAGGCAUGUAUGUUUACGAUUUGGGAAGUACACAUGGAACAUUUUGGAAUGGAAAUCGUAUAAGACCUAAGGUCUAUGUACGUGUUCAAGGUGGUCAUAUGAUCAGAUUUGGUUGCAGUCAACGAAAAUUUAUUGUUAAGGCCCCACCAUGUGAUCAAGAAGAAGAAUCUGACCUUUCUGUAACUGAGUUGAAGGAAAUGAGAAAACGUGAAUUAAAUGAACGAGAGGAAGCAGAAAAAUUAAGAUUACUGCAAGAGGAAGAAGAAGAAAGAUUAAGAAAAGAGAAAGAAGAGAAUGAAGGCAUUGAUUGGGGAAUGGGAGAGGAUGCUGAUGAAGAGACUGAUUUGACAGAAAAUCCAUAUGCCCAAACUAACAAUGAAGAGCUAUUUUUAGAUGAUCCUAAGAAAACCUUACGUGGGUGGUUUGAAAGAGAAGGAUAUGAUUUGCAAUAUCAGACAGAAGAUAAAGGCAUCGGAAAAUUUUUGUGUUGGGUGGACUUACCCAUAGAUAAUACAGCAGGGAGAACAGUUCGAGCUGAAGCACUUGUAGCUGGCAAGAAAAAGGAAGCUGUCAUUCAAUGUGCUUUAGAGGCGUGUAGAGUUUUGGAUCGUUAUGGACUUUUAAGACAGGCAAACCAUGAAGCUAGAAAAAGAAAGACUAGAAAUUGGGAAGAAGAGGAUUAUUAUGAUUCGGAUGAAGAUAAUUUCUUGGAUAGAACUGGAACAGUAGAGAAGAAACGUGAACAGAGAAUGAGAAUGGCAGGAAAGCUGGAUACCAAAGCUGAAACAUAUGAUUCAUUGCUAGAGAAACAUUCAAAGGUGGCUGAAAAAAUUACAACCAUAGAACAUACAAUCGCUUUACAUAAAUCAAAGCAAGAUGAAUUAAAUGAUUCUAAUGAAGAUGCUUUAGAUGCAUUUAUGUCAACACUAGAUUCAGCAGCUCUUGACAAAACUGAAAUUAGGAAAAUGAAAAUAGAACUUCUUAAUUUACGGAAGGAAGAAAUGCAGCUAUUAAAGCUAAUAAAUAUAGCUAAACCAGCUAAUCUGCCACCUCUAAAACCUCAUGUUCCGACUAUUGCAAAGAAGUCAAAACAAGAUUAUAAGGAUUUAAAAUCAGUUAUUGGAUGUAAAAAGAGUAUAAAAAUCUCCAAAAAGAAGUGUGAAGCAUUAUCAAAAUCAGCAGAAGAAGAUGAAAAUAUAGAACAAAGUGAAAAUGAUGAAGUCAACGACAGGUUACAGGACAUAAAAGAAAAUGAUGAAACCAAAACUGAUGCAAAAAAUAUUGAGGAAAAUGAGAGUUUAAAAUCAAAAACAACAAUAACAGAACAUAUUUCAAAAUCUGACAGCGAAGCAGAAGAAGAAGUGGAAAAAGAUAAUUUAAAAAGAAAAAAGAGAAACCAGAAACGAAAUCAGCAAAGAAUGGAAAAAGCUACAAAGAAAUUACAAAAAGGUUAUGAUGAAGAUGAAUUUAGAGAAGAUUAUAGUACAUGGGUUCCUCCAGAGAAUCAAAGUGGCGAUGGAAAGACUAGUCUUAAUGAAAAGUUUGGCUAUUAAAGUUGUAUAAAGUGUAAUUUACAUUUUUGUAUAUUUACAUUGGUCAAGUUUAAUAUUGUAAAAUAGACAUAUUUUUGAUUAAAAAAAACUCAUAUGGAGAUAUUUUUAAGAUAUAAAUAAUGUAAUAUCAAAAUUUUGAAAAAUUAGUUUUUGUAAAUAUGACGAAAAUAUUUGAGAUGACAGUUUUUGUAAUUUAAGUGACUGAAAUCAUUGAAUGAAUUUUAUUUCAUAAGACUCUUAUAACAUAAAUCACAGACUUGAAAAGUUACAAUUCCAUCUGCUGAGCAUUGUAAAAUUACAUUAGAAGUAACUUUAAUAUUUUAUAAUCAUUGAUUAUAAUAUAAAACUAUUAUUAAUUUUAAAAAUAAUCAAAGUGUAUUAAUACAAUAAAAAUGUACACAUUCAACAAUCUGAAA